AUGUCGUCAGAAGUCGAGAAUCCCACAGAAACUGUGGAUGAGGAGUUUGAGGUGGCCAACGAGCUGCCUGAGGGCUUUAUCGAGGAGCGAGUUCAGGUGGACCGAAGGCGUUUGGAGCAAAUGAUUUUGGGGUCGGAUGAGGCUUUGCCAAAAGCUGAAGACUUCUUCGAAGAGGUAUAAAAUCCCAUUUCUACUUUUUUCAUUCAAUUUUGAGAUAUUUCACAAAUUUUUUUACUCAAAAAAAUUCGAGUAAAAAAAAAUUUUUUGAAAUUUUUUUUCAAAAAACCCCAAUUUUUAGGUGAAACUCCGCUCCGGAGCGCAAAUCCAAUGGCCGUCAAGGCUGAAAAUCGGCGCCAAGACAAAGAAGGAUCCGUUUGUGAAGAUGAUUGGCGAAAAUGAGCAAGUGAAAGUGGCCAGAGACCUGAUCACAGCCGUCCUCAAGGUGAAGGUAAGGAAAUUCAAAUUUCAAAAAAAAAUCUAAAUUUUGAUGACUAAUCGGGGUAAAGGUUGAAAAAAAAUUUUAGCACAAAAAAAAUUUUUUUGAUGACAAAAAAAAUUUUUUUUGAUGACAAAAAAUUUUUUUUCAAAUUGAAAAAUUUUGAAUUUAGAAAGAUCGUUUAACCCUGAAAAUCGAAAUCCCCCAUGCCGGACAUUCCCAUGUGAUCGGGAGAAGAGGUAAAAACACGCAGGAAAUAAUGCAAACCACCCGAUGUCAUAUCCAUUUCCCGGACUCGAACAAGCACGCUGACGCCGAAAAGAAUAAUCAAGUUUCAAUUGCUGGCCCUACAGCUCAAGUGGAGGUCGCCAGAUGCAAAUUGAGGGUGAGAUUUUUUUCGAUUUAAAAAAAUUUUUUUUGACAUUUUCUUUGACAAAAUUUGUUUCAUGAAGUGCAUAAACACUUUUUCGCUUUCGCACAGUGCAUUUUGAACCUUUUCCCGCGCUUGUCGCCAAAGCACUGUGCAUUUCCCUCUUUUCGCACAGUGCAGACCUCAAAGAAGCCGUUUGCACUGUGCAAAUCCCCAAAAAAGCCGUUUGCACUGUGCAGAUUUUUGAGCAAAGCCGCGGCGGAACCGCACAGUGCAUUUUGAACCUUUUCCCAUUCUUGUCGCAAACGCACGGUGAAUUUCCCUCUUUUCCCACAGUGCAAAACACAAAAAAGCCGUUUGCACUGUGCAAAUCCCCACCGCUUUUGCACCGUGCAUUUCGUGCGACAAUUGUGUCGCUCUUCGAAAAACCCAUUCGCACUGUGCACCCGGCCGAAAAGGUGAGUUUGCACAGUGCAUUUUGAACCUUUUCCAGGCUUGUCGCCAACGCACAGUGCAUUUUAAACUUUUUCCCACGCUUGUCGCCAACGCACAGUGCAUGUUGAAGUUUUCCCACACUUGUCGCCAACGCACGGUGCAUUUUCCUCUUUUCGCACAGUGCAAACCACAAAAAAGCCGUUUGCACUGUGCCAAUGCACCCCGCCGCUUUUGCACCGUGCAUUUCACUUUUUUUUUUGAUUUCCGCACCGUGCAUUUUUUUCAUUUCCCCAAAUUUUUUCGUAUAUUAGGAAAUUUGCCCAGUUACAAUCACCGUGACCGCCGACCUGGAUCCCUCAACUUUGGGGUGUUUGGAAUCCCAUCGAAGAGCUUUAAACCAUCCGGAUAUCACAGUAAAUGUUCAACAAAUCGCCGCCGGGCAAGUGCAAUGGACAAUCAAGGCGUCUACGUUUAAUCAGCUGGGAAUUUUACAAGUCACGGAGAAAAUUCGGGAGCUCAGUGGGUUGAGGGUAUGUUUGGAGGUGAUCUUUUGGAAGAAAAACAAAAUAUUUUUUUUUUCAAAAAAAUUUUUUUUUUCAGAAAUUUUUUUUCUUCUGAUUUUCUUCAAAUUUUGCGAAAUAGUUUUGGAUAGGUCAAGUAUUAAUUUCUGAAAAUUUUAGCUCAUGUUUUUCAGGCUGAGCCGAGUUAUUCAACAAUCUUAGCAGCCGAAAGACUGGGGAAAAUGGGGAGAGCGGUCAGAGAUUUUUUUUUGGUUUUACGGAUUUUUUCUCGUGAAAAAUAAAAACUUUCCGUACUAAAAAAAUUUUAAAAAUCAAAUUUUUGGCAAAUUUGGCAUUUUGACUUAAAAAUUUCGGAGGUUUAUGCAGAGCGCGAAUUAUUAUAAAAGUUUUUUUCGAAUUUCGGCACAAAAAGUUUUAUGCCUAUUUCUACCGUAGACAGAAAUGUUUUCACAAAAAAUCAAUUUUUUCCCUGCGAAACUGGCAGCGAUAUGGCCAAAAAGGUGUUUUUUCUGACCGCUCUCCGCAUUUCGCGUACUCUCUCGGCGGCAAAAAUCGUUUAAUAUCUCGGCUGUUCCUGCAAAGCGCGGGCUAAAACUUUCAGUAAUUGAUAUGUGUGCUAUGUACGACGUGUGUGCCAAAUUUGAAGAAAAUCUGAAUGUUACACUUGAGGUAGUAGUACAUCAAAAUUUGAAAAAAUUCAAAAAAAAUUUUAUUUUUUUUUUUUGAAAUUCCUCUUAAGUCUUUAGAACGCCUAAAUUUCCACUCUAACCCCUUUUUUCAGACCGGCGACUACUUCUGCCGUUCCAUUUUCGAGCUGCGCCCGGCCCUUCUGACCCCCGCCUACGGUCUUUUUGGCCUAAACACAAUCAGAUGGAUCGCCUUGCACACGAACACUCAUAUGCAAUUCUCACCGCAAGACUCUUUCAUCGUCGUUUUGGGCGAGCCUUUGGCCAUUUUGAGUGCGCGCAAAUAUUUGAGCGGCCUUUUGCCGGUCUCGCUGAUCUUCGACAAGCAAGAUGUGGCGCAAAACCCCGUGGAGAAGGGUUUUAUCCGCCGGGUGGAGGACGAAUUUAACGUGAAAAUCACGGAGAAACCGAAAAGUGGAGGGGUUGGCCUGGAAAGUGUAGGUUUUACGGUUCAAAGCGACUUUUUUGGGCGAUUUUUGGGAUGAAAUGUGGGAAAAUCGAUAAAAAAUCUCAGUUAUUGGCCAAAAUUGAUAUUAAUUUUGAUUUUUCAAAAAUGAAUAUUAAAUUCUACAGUAUUUCCAUCGAUUUUAAAAAGAAAACCUACUGAAAAUUUCUAUUUUUCCCUUUCCAACUUACCCUUGUCAUGUACAAUAUCAAAGACCCCAAUAUUUGUCAAAAAUCAAGCUCCAUAGGUAUUCCUAGACCUCUAAAAUCAUUUUUUGUUAUAUUUCUGACCUUUCUCAACCAUUUCCCAGCUGUAGAUACCCUUACAAGCCCUUGAAACACUAUGCCAAAAAUUGCGGGAAACCCAAAAUUUGAAUUUUUGUCACUAAAUUUGGCCAAAAUGGAGACCCGAUAAGAUUGUAAAAAUAUUAUCUUCAGUUAUUUUUGAUCCGCACGCACGAAGCGAACCUCAGCGCGGCUUAUCAUGUCCGUCAACUAAUCCUCAACGAGCCCGCCGAAAACAUCCCGGAUGACUAUGAAUUCAUGAAGGAUAUGCUGCAGUAAGACCUCAAUUACCUAGAUUUUAUGUGGUUCGAAAAUUUUCAGACAAAUCAAGCAGCCGAAUGAGCAAAAUAUCUUGAAGCCCCCACCAGGCAUCCCAAUUCCAUUAUUUUCGCAAUCUGUCAACUUUAAUAUGGUAAGUUGAGUUUGGAAUUGGUAUUUACAGUAACAAGGGGGUGUUAUCUUUGAUUUACAAUCCUUUUUCCCAAGUUUUGAAACCAUUUUCAUAUUGAAAAUUUGAAAAAAAAAGUUAUCAAAAUAUAAUUUUUGAUGACUAAAGUGAUAUCAGGUAUAUCUCAAAGCUCGAUAAACGUCAAUUUGCAAUAUUUACAGUGGAUUUACUAUACAAUAUCUACUUUCAGAUACGUGAACCUCCAGAUUCCCCAGACCCGAAGGAGUCACCAAUAGCACAUUCUCUUCUGGCGGGUGUCAAGAGCCUAAAUUUGAAUAAAAAGUAAGUAAAAAGUGAAAAUUUGGGUGGAAAUUGAGUGGAACUGAAAGGCCAGGGUAAAAUACGAGCUGAAAAGCAUGUUAUUAAUCGAACAUCAAGACAUUUUUUUAGCAAAACAGCUUAAAAACCGUCUAUUUCAGUGAUAUUUGGAGGACCCCGGGGUUCGAGCGUCAGCAAAGUCGCCAACGCAACGAAUCCAGUUCAAAUGAAAGUGCAAAUACCUCAGCUCCCCGCCAAGUGGAAGGCCAGAGUCCCUGGCACACUGGCGGAUUCAGCUCCUCGCUGCCGGCCAACAUUUUGCGCGCCGACCUCAAGGAGAUCUGGGACAAGGACGGCGAAAAGUUUGGUGAGAUUUUUUGCCAACUACUGUAAGAUUGGGGCGAAAGUUGAUGUCGGAGAUUGUAAAGGGAUGUCUGAAGUAUAAUAAACGAGGUUUAGAUCAAUCCCAACGCAAGGCCGACCAAGGCUACAACCAGUCAAUGAGUGCCGGCCAAAAACCGUUGGCUUCGGUGAGGGAGGAGGACGAAUUGAGCGAUUACAACCACUCCAACAGCUCCAAUUUCUCGGGAUCCCCGUUGAAUCGAACCGGCACACAGAACACAAUGCCUCAGCGGCGAUCGCUGCUCCAGUCCAACUUCAAUCAAUCGCUGACGCAAGGUUUUAACCAAUCGGCGAACGCGUUUUUCGACUCGACCGCCUCCUCUUUGGGCUCCGAUAUGAACUGGGACAUUCGGUAUCACACGGAUCCGCAAAGUGUGCUGGCACAAGUGGGAUGUGCCGAAUAUUUGCAGCAAUUCAGAGAGCAGGAGGUAAAAGGGUUGAGGAGAUAUAAGCAAAUAUAUUUUAGGGCAUUAGUCGCCUAGUGUAAUAUAAAUCCGGUCAUUUUCUAGAUUGAUAUGCAAGCAUUCCUCUUGCUGGAUGAGCACAACCUCAAAGACAUUGGUGUGAACACUAUGGGCGCCAGGAAGAAGAUUUACAACGCAAUUCUAAGUAAGAACUGAGCGAUAUUAUCCAUGAUGUCUGAUAUCGCCAAAACUCAAAAGUUUUUCGAAAAACUCUCAUUUCAGAACUACGGGACUCGGCGGAACGGCAAGGAUAUAGAAUCUAA